GAUGAGAUCCCUGAAACACCUCAAACAUCACUCCAGGAACAAUGUGGAGGAGGAGAGCAGCCGCUUGGUGCGAACCUACCCUAAGAUGACUGAGAGCCAAGUGGAUGUGGGCACGCAGACAGAGCCUGUGGUGGUGCUCUCACUGGCUCAGGCAGCUGUUCUAGGUCUCAUCUCCCAAAAUGAAAUCUUUGGGGCCACCAUUGCUCCCAAUGGCUUUUACACUGGGGAGCAGAGAGAGUGCCCUCCUCCCCCACCUGAAGCAAUGGAGUAUGAGUACGCUGACCAGCUGAUAGGGGCAAACGGGGACUACCUAGCUGAGCCUGCUGGGGAGCCAGAGCCUCAGCCCCACUGCAGUGAAAGAAGACGACCUGGGCCCCGUGGGAGGACCAAAAGGCCCAGGAAAGAUGGAGAAUUAGAUGGUCACCCACAGAAAGCGCAAAGUCCACAGGCUAAGGUUAAAGGUGAAAGACUUGAGUCUAAUAUGCCUCCUUCCUGCAUUCACAUGAACAGCAGGCAGAGUCCUGGCAAGUCAGAGGAUCCUGUCUCCCAACAAGGGCCUCUGAAAGAGGAGCAGUCCUGCAGAAACUGUGCCUCAUGUGUGAGAGAUACACCCAGGCCACAAACAGAUGGACAGUCAGAACAGGAACAGGAAGAAAGCACUGGUAGAGACAGGGAGAGAAAAGAAGAAGAGCUGGUGGUGGCAGAAGAAGAAGAGGAGGAAGCACUAAACCUUAAGACGAGUGGAGAGACUGGCAGUCCUCUAGAGAGCCGCUAUUAUGAGUCCAACGAGGUUGCCUAUGAGUCUGCUGACAUGUCCCUGCCAGGAGAGUACGAGGAAAAUGGCCAGGCCAUGUUGUGGUCGGACCCAGAGGGCCUCGCUAGGCGAAUGCAGAUUGACCGGCUGGACAUCAACGUGCAGAUUGAUGAGUCUUACUGCGUAGAUGUAGGAGAGGGUCUGAAACGCUGGAAGUGCCGCAUGUGUGAGAAAUCAUACACAUCCAAAUACAACCUUGUUACUCAUAUCCUGGGCCACAAUGGAAUUAAGCCCCAUGAAUGUCUACACUGUGGGAAGCUCUUCAAGCAGCCGAGCCACCUUCAGACUCACCUGCUCACCCACCAGGGAACCCGACCUCACAAGUGCACAGUUUGUGAGAAGGCCUUCACGCAGACCAGCCACCUGAAGAGGCACAUGCUGCAGCAUUCAGACGUCAAGCCCUACAGCUGUCGCUUCUGCGGCCGUGGGUUUGCCUACCCCAGUGAGCUGAGGACACACGAGAACAAACACGAGAAUGGCCAGUGCCAUGUCUGCACCCAGUGUGGUCUGGAGUUCCCGACCUAUGCGCACCUGAAGCGCCACCUGACCAGCCAUCAGGGCCCCACCACAUACCAGUGCACAGAAUGCCACAAGUCCUUCGCUUACCGCAGCCAGCUGCAGAACCACUUGAUGAAGCACCAGAACGUGCGGCCCUACGUUUGCCCAGAGUGCGGCAUGGAGUUUGUCCAGAUCCACCACCUCCGACAACACGCUCUAACUCACAAGGUACAGGCAGCGCACGCCCUUGCACUUAAGGGUAUGAAAGAAUUCAAGUGUGAUGUCUGUGCCAGGGAGUUCACCCUGUCUGCCAACCUGAAGAGGCACAUGCUGAUCCACGCCAGUGUGAGGCCCUUCCAAUGCCACGUCUGCUUCAAGACCUUUGUGCAGAAGCAGACUCUUAAAACACACAUGAUCGUCCACCUGCCAGUCAAGCCCUUCAAAUGCAAGGUAUGCGGAAAGUCAUUCAACAGAAUGUACAACCUCCUCGGCCACAUGCACCUCCAUGCCGGCAGCAAGCCCUUCAAGUGCCCUUACUGCACCAGCAAGUUCAACCUGAAGGGCAACCUCAGCCGACACAUGAAGGUCAAACACGGCAUCAUGGACACCUCAAUAGAUGGACAUGAACCCCCCCAAGACACAGAAGGCCAAGAGGACUACGAGGAGGAAAGCUUUGAAUUCAGCGAACGAGAAAACCGGGCAAACAACAACAACACACCAGACAUUGCUAAACUAUCUCAAAUGGAGUAUUACAGCACCUAUGGGAAGGGCGCAGGGCGUUUCAGCACUGCAUGAAUUAUUAAAAUGACCCCAAAUUCAAUAUAAGUGAACUAAUGAAAAUUGUUUUUCUUUGCUAGUUUUUUUAUUUUUUGCUGUUAAGGUAUAGUGCUUUUGUUGUUCUUCAACGGCAUGAAGACGCCCAGCAAACUGCACAUUCAUAUGCACUGGAAUUACUCGUACUGCUACUAAAUUUGAAAAUGUACACUUUUUAACGUAAUUUACAUAGUUUUCAUCUCUAAAACACUGCAAAUCUACUGAAUACAUAUAUUAUAUUU